UCGGGUGACAGGUCCGUCCCUGAGGGCGGAGCGGGGGCCGCCUGCGGCACGGCGGGGUGAGGAGUGCGUGCAGCUCCAUCCCCCGGCUAGUCCUCCCGUCCCGGCCCCUGAAGAGGGAGCGGAGCCGCUCUCGGUUCCAGCACCGCCAGCAACCCGCCAUGUCCGGCCAAAGCCUCACCGACCGCAUCACGGCGGCGCAGCACAGCGUGACCGGUUCGGCGGUCUCGAAAACCGUCUGCAAGGCCACGACCCACGAGGUCAUGGGGCCCAAGAAGAAACACCUGGACUAUUUAAUCCAGUGCACAAAUGAGAUGAAUGUGAACAUUCCACAAUUGGCAGACAGUUUGUUUGAAAGAACUACCAACAGUAGCUGGGUAGUGGUCUUCAAAUCUCUCAUCACAACCCAUCAUCUAAUGGUGUAUGGAAAUGAGCGUUUUAUCCAGUAUCUGGCGUCCAGAAACACAUUGUUUAAUUUGAGCAAUUUCCUAGACAAAAGUGGAUUGCAAGGCUAUGACAUGUCAACAUUUAUCAGACGGUAUAGUAGAUAUCUGAAUGAAAAGGCAGUUUCCUAUAGACAAGUGGCUUUUGACUUCACAAAAGUAAAAAGAGGGGCUGAUGGAGUGAUGAGAACAAUGAGCACAGAAAAACUCCUAAAAACUGUACCAAUCAUACAAAAUCAAAUGGAUGCACUUCUUGACUUCAAUGUCAAUAGCAAUGAACUUACAAAUGGUGUAAUUAAUGCUGCCUUCAUGCUCCUCUUCAAAGAUGCCAUUAGGCUGUUUGCGGCAUAUAACGAAGGGAUUAUUAAUCUCUUGGAAAAAUACUUCGACAUGAAAAAGAACCAGUGCAAAGAAGGCCUUGAUAUAUAUAAGAAGUUCCUCACUAGAAUGACACGGAUCUCGGAGUUCCUUAAAGUUGCAGAGCAAGUUGGAAUUGACAGAGGAGACAUACCAGAUCUCUCACAGGCACCGAGUAGCCUUCUUGAUGCUUUGGAACAACAUUUAGCUUCUCUAGAAGGGAAGAAAAUCAAAGAUUCCACAGCUGCAAUCAGGGCUACCACCCUUUACAAUGCAGUUUCUUCUCUUGCAAGCACUGGCCUGUCCCUCACAAAAGUUGAUGAAAGGGAAAAACAGGCUGCACUAGAGGAGGAACAGGCUCGCUUAAAAGCUUUAAAGGAGCAACGUCUAAAAGAACUUGCAAAGAAACCUCAUACCUCUCUAACAACUGCAGCUUCUCCUGUGUCGACUGCAGCAGGAAGCAUAAUGACUACACCAGCCAUUGAUAUUUUUUCCACCCCGAGCUCUUCAAACAGCACUUCAAAGCUGCCAAAUGAUCUGCUUGAUUUGCAGCCAACUUUUCAUCCGUCUGUACAUCCUAUAUCUGCUCCACAAGUAGGAAGUACCUGGGGAGAUCCUUUUUCUGCUACUGUUGAUAGUGUUGAUGAUGCCAUUCCAAACCUAAAUCCUUUCCUUACAAAAACUAAUGAUGCUGCUCAUCUGUCUGUGUCUUCUGAUGUAUCUACUUUCACCAGUAGGACACCCACACAUGAAAUGUUUGUUGGGUUCACACCAUCUCCUGUUGCUCAACCACAGCCAUCAGCUGGCCUUAAUGUUGACUUUGAGUCUGUGUUUGGAAACAAAUCUUCUAAUGUUGUCCUAGAUUCUGGUGGUUUUGAUGAAUUAGGUGGUCUCCUAAAACCAACAGUGGCCUCUCAAAACCAGAGUCUUCCAGUUGCCAAAGUCCCACCUAACAAAUUAGUGUCAGAUGAUCUGGAUUCAUCUUUAGCCAAUCUUGUAGGGAAUUUGGGCAUUGGAAAUGGAACUACCAAAAAUGAUGUGAACUGGACUCAGCCAGGUGAAAAGAAACUAACAGGUGGUUCCAACUGGCAGCCCAAGAUUGCACCUACAACUGCAUGGAAUGCUCCAACGUUGGCACCACCUGUAAUGGCCUAUCCUGCCACAACACCAACAGGAAUGAUGGGCUAUGGGAUGCCGUCACAGAUGGGAGGAAUACCAGUAAUGACACAGCCAACUUUGAUAUACAGUCAACCAGUCAUGAGACCACCAAACCCCUUUGGUCCUGUACCGGGAGCACAGCUGUCUGCAGCAUCCAGCCCUUCCAGUCAGAGUCCUCACAGAGCCUCAGGAAAGGAUCCCUUUGCAGAGAUCUCUCUCCAGGAUUUCUUGUAGAACAACUUAGAUUCAAUUCAUGUAACUGUGUUAGAUGGAAGAGAAAGGAACAUUUCCAAAAAGAUGUGCUCACCAGUAAAUCCCUACUUCCAGGAAAAAAAAGUGAACUUCAGUCUCUCAAACUCUCCUCUUCCAUUAAAUGUUGCAAUGAAAUGAUGAAGAUCAAUGAAGGAACCUGGGACAACUCCAUCAGAAAACAUCAAUAUACAAUAUAAAGCCAAGAAUUGCCAUGACUUAAGACUAAGAUCUCCUUUAUGUCCUGGUGACUAACAGGUCAAUUUCAGCUUCUAAUAAUGUCCAUAAUGGGUGGUAACACACAAAGAGAAGCCUUUGUUCUGGGAAGUGAGAUUGGUGUUUGGAAAUGCUGUCUGGAAUGGAGAUGUCCUUUACCAUAACUCAAACCAAGACUCUGGGCAGGGGAGGGUCAAAUCCUAACUCUUAAUUCUGCAGUUACCUUUUCUUCACUCCUCACAAAUGUAGGCACAGCAGUAAUGGAAAUUAACUUUUUUUAAAAUUAUAUAUUCAGUUUGCAGUAGACAUUCCUUAUGUAUUAUUGUUUGUAUUUAUUUAUGAUUAUCAAUUUAACAUUAAUAUUGUAUCAAAAAAAAACCUCCUUAUGAAAAUGAGUAUGGAUGUAUACAGUAUGUCUGAUUUUUAUCCACAAAGAAUGAAUCUGAUUCAGAAUGCUUUUCAGCUGACAUACAGAGCACUAAAUAUUUUAAAGGUCUGAAUCUCAUGAAUUCUCAGUGUAUAUGGGAAUUAGGGAAGAGCUGUAAAAUGCAUUAAUCCUUAUAGUCAAUUCUGUGCCUAGGAUUUUGCAAGGGAACAGUUAACUGACUAGGAGAAGCACUACAUUUUUAAUUCGGCAUUAGUGCAUUGGGAAGGAACUUUAUUGCUUUGUGCUUGGCGUGUCAUUAUUUUUACAUUUGACAUUAUAAAGCCUUUCCAAAAUGAAUGUGAGGAAUUGCUUUCACUUUAAGACUUUCCUUCCUUUCUGUAAAAAAAUAAAAAUGGAGAUGUUGUGUGUUGGGGGGGGAGGGGGAAGCUUUUUCAUUUGGCUAGUGCCAUGUUUCUGAUCACACACCUUUUAAAAGUCAAAAAGGGGAAGCAGCUUCCUUACACAUGUCCAGUGGGUGUUUAGUUAACAAAGAAUUAAAGUAGCACUGUUGAUCGGUGCUUUGUGUAAAUACAUCAUAACUUUUGGGUGGAAUGGGGCCUUCAGAAGGAUUGUCACUGAUAUGAAAGCAAUUCUGUACAUGAAUUAAGCAUACUUGCUGCAUUGUCUCUGCAGAUUCUAUUUUUGUUUAAAAUAUUAAAAUGUAUGUUAGCAAAAAUGGGUGGAUUUUCAAAUAAAAUGCAGCUUCCACAGAACUUUUGUUACGGUAUGAAAGUCUGAGGUGCUUCUUUUCCUUUUGCUGCUUAAAAUGUGCACUGAUACUUGCUUUGUUUACUUAAUAAAAUACCAAAUGUAUUUCAUAUGUCCAUAUUGUAUUCCAGGAGGUGCAGCACUGUGAAUCUGUGAAUGAUGUGAUCUAUACAUCAUCUUGCUGGUGGAGCUGUAGUAGACAGCCUUAGUUCCACUAUAAAUGAGUUGUCUUGUUAAGAGCUGGAUUUCUUACUUAUUGUGUUAUUUCACCAUCUUCUAGUUUUUCAAAAUAUUCAUGGCAAUAAACUUGUACUGUUUAUAACUGAGCAAGAAGCAUAGAUAUGCCCCAGGAAAAUAUUUUGGUAGCUUCCAGUGGAAGGUAAUGCUGGAGAAGCUUUGAACAGUUUGCUGAGACAAUCAUCUGCAAUUAGACACUGGUUUUUGUCACAGGGAAAUUUGAUAGAACUGGAACUUUUCUUAGGUACCUGAGGCUCGUCCUGAAGGAUGUACAUCCAAAAACGAUCAGAUCAGUAGGUCUGAAUUACCUGUCUAAAAGCAUGAAUAAAAAAA